AGGGAAUUGAAAUCACGCAGAAUUAAGUGGCAGUCUUCCCCCUUCUCAGAGCCAAACCAUCAGCGAACAAACCCUCACUGAAAAUCAAAUUUCACUUUGAUCCGAAGAAGAAGAAGAAGAAAUUCUCUCUCACUCUCAGAUCUGAUUACUCAGUUCAGAAAGGCUUGUGUGAAUCCGAAAAAGCCCUUGGGAAUGGCAGCAAUUUACAGCCUUUACAUCAUCAACAAAUCAGGUGGUUUGAUCUUCUACAAGGAUUAUGGAUCUUCUGGACGGAUGGAUACAAAUGAUAGCUUACGAGUAGCUAGUUUAUGGCAUUCAAUGCAUGCCAUCUCUCAGCAGCUAUCACCAACUGUUGGCUGUUUAGGCAUUGAACUCCUCGAAGCUGAUACCUUUGAUCUUCAUUGCUUCCAAUCACUCACUGGAACAAAGUUCUUUGUGGUGUGUGAACCUGGAACACAGCACAUGGAAGGCCUCUUGAAAGUCAUAUAUGAAUUGUACACGGAUUAUGUCCUAAAGAACCCGUUUUAUGAGAUGGAGAUGCCUAUACGAUGCGAGCUCUUUGACAUCAACCUGUCUCAGGCAAUACAGAAGGAUCGUGUUGCUUUAUUGGGGCGAUGAACUUUCCUGAAUUUUGCGUCAAUAACUUUUGUUAUUUUUCAUUUUCAUUUGUGCAUUUGCCAUGAGAUCUUUCAAUUUUCUUUUAUGCUCUUCUUCUCCUUA